UCUUGCUUCGGCUCUCGGAGGGGCCGGAUGCGUCGCGCGCGUUCCCUUACAACUUCUCGUAAAAACUUUACGUAUAAUACUUCGCUGUAUAAUACACAUAGUUAGACACUAGAACUGUUAAUAACAUUUUUGUGUUCUGCAUUUGGUUAAACUGCUUCGUAUUUUAGUUAAGUGUUUAGUUUAUUUCUGGUCCUGACCAGUUUAAAUAAGAUCGUUUCUUCAUUUUGGUGGAAAGCAUCGGUACUGAGUGUAUGCGUGCAGAUCCUGUUGCACCUUUAGUAACGGUAGUGGAUCAAGAUGUCGCAUUGCACGAAGAGCCGGCGUAAGUCGUUAAAUGUUUUAACGACGUAAUUUCCCCCACUCCAUAGAAUAUAAAAUUGUUCGAAUAUAACUUCAUAGAAGUUGAAAUUGUGAUAGACUAACAAUACCUAAUAUUCAAUAUGAAUUUUAAGUUCAUAUCUCUACUUCUAACAUGGAACUUCUUAUUGAUAUCUGCAAAAAUAGACUCGGCAGAAGAAGACGAUGCUGCACGAGCGAGGAUGUUGAGGAAUAGAGAGAACAACCGUAAUCGUACCACCUUUAAUGGGACUCUAACUGAUGGUCCUGAAAGACGGUACUUCAGACACAGGAACAGUUCCAAAUUCCGCGGUGACAGGCACAGAUCUUGGGAAAGAGAUCACGAGACUAGACGUGAUAGAAGGAAGCUGCCGUCUAGCCAUUCGAAAGAAGAUCAGAUCCCUGGCAAUCGUACUGAAUUUGUGAAUAAUAAAAGGGAUGAUAAAUCUCGCAAAACAGACAAGCAUUGGAAUAGGAGUAAUGUAGACAAGCUGCCAGUGAGACGGCCUUUGAAUCAGAGCAAGAUGCAAGAUAGGGCUCAUCCGUUGCCUGUGCGCGAGAACACAACAAGAUCUAGGCUUAGAAUGGCGAAUAAAUGGCAGAAUGGUGGUUACAUUCCGUAUCCUCAGCCGAGGGAGAGGAAGCCAAACAUCAUUUUGAUUCUUACUGACGACCAAGAUGUGGAGUUAGGCAGUCUGAACUUUAUGCCCAGGACAAUGAAAGCUAUAAGAAGCGCUGGAGCGGAGUUCCGGCAUGCUUACACCACGACACCCAUGUGCUGUCCAUCACGGAGUUCCUUGCUGACUGGCGUGUACGUGCACAAUCAUAACGUGUACACGAACAACGACAACUGCUCGUCUCCGCAAUGGCAAGCCACACAUGAGACCAACACCUUCGCCACUUACCUCUCCAAUGCUGGCUAUCGAACUGGCUACUUCGGCAAGUACUUGAACAAGUACAACGGUUCCUACAUCCCCCCCGGCUGGCGCGAAUGGGGAGGGCUCAUCAUGAACUCCAAGUACUACAACUACAGCAUCAACAUGAAUGGGAAAAGAAUCAAGCAUGGCGACGACUAUCAUAGAGACUACUAUCCAGAUCUGAUAGCGAACGACUCCAUCGCCUUCCUCCGGGCAUCGAAGAGGCGUUUCGCGAGGAAGCCGGUGUUGCUGGUGAUGUCCUUCCCAGCUCCUCACGGGCCUGAGGACUCUGCUCCUCAGUACUCUCAUCUCUUCUUCAACGUCACCACCCAUCACACCCCAACUUACGACAUGGCCCCGAACCCCGACAAGCAGUGGAUCCUGCGGGUCACGGAGAAGAUGAAGCCGAUCCACCGGCAGUUCACCGAUCUGCUCAUGACGAAACGCCUUCAAACGCUGCAGAGCGUCGAUAUGGCUGUAGAACGAGUGUACCAGGAGCUCAAAGCUCUAGGAGAGCUGGAUAACACGUACUUGGUAUACACAUCGGACCACGGCUACCACUUGGGGCAGUUCGGGCUGGUGAAGGGCAAGAGCUUCCCGUUCGAGUUCGACAUCAGGGUGCCGUUCUUGGUGCGAGGGCCUGGCGUGGAGCCGGGUACUGUGGUGGACGACAUAGUUUUGAACAUCGAUCUAGCGCCUACUUUCCUCGACAUGGGUGGCGUGGAGCCCCCAGCUCACAUGGACGGCCGGUCGCUGCUGCCGCUGCUGCAGCCGCGGCGCAGGCGCAUGGCCACCGCGCACUGGCCAGAUACUUUCCUUGUCGAAAGCUCAGGGAGACGUGAGACUCAGGCGCACUUGUUAGCGUCAAAAUACAGUCGGCUAAUGAAUGAACGAGCGAGCACUCCUCAGCCAAACGAUGUAUCUUCGGAGAGUGAUUUCGACGAAGAAUUCGACGAUGACGAUUUUCUGGAGCCAGAUGACGACGAAGAGGAUGAUGAUGAUGAGGAAAGUUCUGAAUCGCAAAAUGUGGAAGCGAAAUCGUCUGUGGAACCGUUGAUCAGCAAUGAAAGUCACAAUCCACUACUAGAAGCCAAAUUCGAAAAAGCUUUGGAGGAAGCCAGUACCAACGGACAGUCGGAUUUCUUAAAUCCAGAAGAAGGAGCCGAUUCCUCAUUUUUGAAUGGCAAAGCAGCUCGUUUGGCAGCAGAAUGUUCGAAAGCUGAACUUCGAGCGCCAUGCUCAGCAGGCAGAAAGUGGAAAUGUGUCUUGGUAAAUGGAAGAUGGAGGCGACACAAAUGCAAGUACGAGGCUGAAAUAAGCACCACUACCCCUAAGAUGAGUACGAAAAAGUGCGCCUGCUUCACUCCCAGUGGCUUGGUUUAUACCAGACUUGAAACAGAUGGUACUAUAGCAAGACGUCCCAAUGAUACUUUGAAGGAAACCAAUGGAUCCAGAAGCCGCCGAUCUAUUGACAAUGAAGUUUAUGAACCUAACACUGUUGAUAGCAUUCUCGAAGAGAACCCAAGCAUUGGACAUCUAAGUUUCCGAAACGAGCCUAUCGACGAAGACGCAAAUAAUAGCUUCCAAGAGAGCAUCGAUCAACUUAUAAAAGAAACUGAAGCCUUCCUAAAAGCUUACGAAAAUACCAAAGAAAAUAUAGAACAUAAGAGGACAAAACGAAGGGCUCAGCAUUGGACUCAUAGCAAUAAAAAUAAACACAAAAAUGAUGCCAUUGUAAAUAGUAAUGAAUCGUCUUUAGAGUGUAAGAUUGAAAAGGAUGGAACAGUAAACUGUUCACAAGUUAUUUAUAAUGAUUUGAAAGCAUGGCACACUAAUAGGCUUAGUUUGGAAGACCAAAUAAGACAGUUAAGAACUAAACUCGAGGAUUUAAAGGAAAUAAAGCGACACUUGAAAACUGCAAAGCCUUUAGAAUCUCAAAAUGUACAUUCGCAUCUUGUAAAUAACCAUCUGCAUAACAAAACAGCUACUCACGACCAUAACAGUUCAAAGGAACAUUUAAGGAAGAGCCGAUUACACAGACUCAGAUUCAAACCUAAGGGCAAUAACACAUCUUUCGACAAAAAGUUUAGACAGUCUAACGAAUACAUAAUGCCUACUGUGAACGCUAAUACCAAAGAUGAUAUUUUCGACAUUCAACUUAAAAACGAAACUGUUACUGAAACUCCUGCAGCUAACUUCAAUGUUACUGACGAAGGAGUUACGACAACAUUCAUCGAUCCUCUAGAUAGGGAAUUACCAAAGCCACAGGUAACGACUAUCAUAAUAGAAGGCAAUAACUUUUACCAGAAUGGAUUAAACGUAGACAAGACUACAGUACAAAACGUUGAAACGUCUACUGGUGGAGAGGAAGUAGUAUCUGUGGAAUUGGAGAGGCAAUUUGAAACGUCUAGUACUAAACACGAUAGCACAACGGAGCAAGCGAUUCCCGUUAACUAUUCCGAAAGAGCGCAAUACUUCAAUUCGGCAAUCGACAAGAUACUGUCCACAGAAAAGACAGUGGAAUUAGAUAGCGAAAUCACACCUAUAAAUACUACAGUAGAGACACCAACAACAACUACAAAUUCUCCGCGGAAAUUAGGACCAACAAGAUUCGAUGCUUCAGAAUAUGAACAGAGAAAUCCCAAUAAGGAGUCAUCGAAGAAUACGAGUGUCUUUAACAAGCAAGUUGAUGUGUUCCAAAGACGGCUUCAUCCUUUGUUUAUUGAGAACGAGGACAAACAUGUUUGUUAUUGUGAGGAAAGCAGGAAAGUCAGAGGUCCUGGUCAUAGUUACUUGGAAGCGGCUCAAAAAGCUAGAGAAGAGCGAAGAAAGCUUAAAGAACAAAGGCUUCGCAAGAAAAUGAGAAAGGCUAAGAAGAAGGCCGAGCUGGAAAGGCUGUGCGAGUCCGAGCGUAUGAAUUGCUUCCGACACGACAACGACCACUGGCGCACCGCUCCGCUCUGGACAGCGGGGCCUUUCUGCUUCUGCAUGAGCGCAUCUAACAAUACCUACAACUGCGUGAGAACCAUUAAUGCGACACACAACCUUCUGUACUGCGAGUUCGUGACUGGACUCGUCACUUACUACAACUUGAGAAUUGAUCCUUUCGAAACGCAGAACCGAGUGAAAUACUUAACAGCUGCAGAGAAAGAUUACUUCCAUAAUCAACUUCAACAGUUACUUAGCUGCCGGGGACCGUCUUGCCGAAGAUUUUCCCAUUCAAAUCCAUUAGGUACGAGCAGCGAAGAGAACUUAAGCAGAAGAUUUGAGGACGAUCACAGAUUUCGCGAUAGAGGAGAUGUUGUCGGAUAUAAAGAAAGGGCAUGGCGAUGGAGUGGAUACGGUCGCCGCUACGCCAGAGAGAGGCUUCACAGACGUCGUCACGCUUUAGCGUUCUAGUCUACCCCAUAGUAUAAAUAUUGUAAAUUCUCAAACAAAGCAGAACUUGCUUGAACCUUUGAAGGCAGAGGGAAUAAAGAAAGAAUCAUAUUUUUUACUUUAUUACCUUGCCUUAAGGUCCAAAGACAUUGAACAACUUGAAAUAAAAUAUGCCUAAAGGGUGGCAAAGUUCAAAAAUAUUUGGUUGUAUCAAAAAUUUUUAGUUUUUAUAUCUUGGAAACAGAGACAUUGACACAACAAAUACCUAGUAUAACUGAAUUUAUGAGAAUAUCGUUAAAAUAGCACUGAAGCUAAAUAUAAUUAUAACUAAGAUAAUAAUUUAAAAGCAUCGAAUAUAGUAGGGCUUCCUAUGUAUUUCAUCUUUCUGCUUUAUGGAAUAGUUUAAAACUAGUGGGACUUAAAAAUAGCUUUGUGUAGGUGGGUACAAUCUUUCUGUGCCUAUUUUAUAGAGAAAAAUAAAGAAAAAUCUUACUUGUGUAAAAGAAAGGUCACUGCCGAAACUGUGCUUAUAUUCUACGGGGUAAAGACUAUCCUUUUUUGUAAAAAUGUUAUUCUGUUGGUACAAUCUAUUAUUAUGCUUUUUCGGCCUAAUUACUACAUGCAUUAAUUUUAUAUUCACCUUUUUAUACUUGAACCCAUUUCAAACCCUUGUAUUUUCUGUAUUUCAUUUUUUUUUAUAGUUCCCUGCUAUUUUUAUAUUGUUUCAUAUUUCAAAAAACAAUUAUUGUAGGGCUAUUUAACUUUAAACUAGCAUUUACUACACUUUCUAGCUUUAAAUAAAUUAUUCUUAACUAUGUAAUUGGAAGAAGUAUGUCCUAAGUACAAGCAUCAUUUUUUAUUUGUCUACACAUACUUACUUUUGUUAUAAAAUGCCUUGAAUUUCUAAUUAGCUGUGUUCAUAAUAGUGAUGCUUUUAAAAAAACAGUAUUAGUUAUUAUGAAUUCCAUAUUUUGAUGAUUUAAGAGUUUAACUAAGAAGGGCAAAGAAUUAAUGUAAAAGAGUAGGUAUCACUUUUUAAAAGGAUACGAUUUGUCUAUUAUUUAAGGUAAAUGAAUAUUAUUUACUGCCUAUUAUGAAUAAGAGUAAUCAUGGUACCUAUCCAUUUAUAUCGCUUAUUUCUUGACCAGACUGAUGAAGAAAUCAGCAUGUUUGUAGUUGGCUAUUUAUCUCGUAGAAAUUAUUAUAAAAGUGAUAUAAAAUGUUGCCAUUGUGAUGAUUGUGUGUACUGGUUGUAAUAAUAAUAUUAUU